AGGACCCAUUAAACGCCUGCCCAUCGUCGGCUUCCCGGGUUUGCAGGGAAAUCAUUGUGUACAUAAAAUUAUAUCCAUUUGAAAUCAGAAUCAUCUUUUUAAACACGCUGUUCUGACCUGGGCCUAGUGCUCUGUUGGCUGCCCCACAAAAACAUUGGGUGAAAACCACUGAAAGGGACAGCCAUGUUUCUCUACAACAUCACCCUGCAACGCGCCACUGGCAUCUCCCAUGCCAUCCAUGGAAACUUCUCAGGAACCAAGAUGCAAGAGAUUGUCGUUUCCAGAGGGAAGAUCCUGGAAUUACUGCGACCAGAUGCUAACACAGGAAAGGUGCACACUCUUCUUACAAUGGAAGUGUUUGGCAUUGUUAGAUCUCUAAUGGCCUUCAGGCUCACUGGAGGAACCAAAGAUUACAUUGUUGUGGGAAGUGACAGCGGUCGUAUCGUCAUCCUGGAGUAUCAUCCAUCAAAAAACAUGUUUGAGAAGAUCCAUCAGGAAACGUUUGGGAAGAGCGGCUGCCGGCGGAUCGUCCCUGGACAGUACCUGGCUGUUGACCCUAAAGGCAGAGCGGUUAUGAUCGGAGCAAUAGAGAAACAGAAGCUGGUUUAUAUUCUGAACAGAGAUGCUGCUGCCAGGCUGACCAUCUCAUCUCCUCUGGAAGCCCAUAAAGCAAACACACUGGUCUACCAUGUGGUUGGAGUGGAUGUUGGCUUUGAAAAUCCAAUGUUUGCCUGCUUAGAAAUGGACUAUGAGGAAGCUGAUAAUGACCCAACAGGAGAAGCUGCUGCAAACACACAGCAGACACUUACGUUUUAUGAGCUGGAUCUUGGCUUGAAUCACGUGGUCCGAAAGUACAGUGAGGCUCUGGAGGAACAUGGAAAUUUCCUUAUCACAGUCCCUGGUGGUUCAGACGGGCCCAGUGGAGUUCUGAUCUGUUCAGAAAAUUACAUCACUUACAAGAAUUUUGGAGACCAGCCUGAUAUUCGCUGCCCCAUCCCACGACGCAGGAAUGACCUGGAUGACCCAGAGCGCGGCAUGAUAUUUGUCUGCUCAGCCACCCACAAGACCAAGUCCAUGUUCUUUUUCCUGGCUCAGACGGAGCAGGGAGACAUCUUUAAGGUCACUCUGGAAACAGAUGAAGAAAUGGUCACAGAAAUCAGGCUCAAGUACUUUGACACCAUCCCUGUUGCCACGGCAAUGUGUGUCCUGAAGACUGGCUUCCUGUUUGUGGCCUCUGAGUUUGGAAACCAUUACCUUUACCAAAUCGCUCACCUGGGCGACGAUGACGAAGAGCCAGAGUUCUCCUCUGCGAUGCCAUUGGAAGAAGGAGACACAUUCUUUUUCCAGCCUCGCCCACUCAAAAACUUGGUGCUGGUGGACGAACAAGAGAACUUGUCCCCCAUCAUGUCCUGUCAAAUUGCUGAUUUGGCAAACGAAGACACGCCUCAGCUUUACGCAGCUUGUGGUCGAGGGCCCAGGUCUACUCUCAGGGUCCUUCGGCAUGGACUGGAGGUUUCAGAGAUGGCCGUUUCUGAGCUGCCUGGUAACCCCAACGCUGUGUGGACAGUGCGCAGACACAUAGAAGAUGAGUUUGAUGCCUACAUCAUUGUGUCUUUCGUCAACGCCACUCUGGUUCUGUCCAUCGGAGAGACUGUAGAGGAAGUGACAGAUUCUGGAUUUCUGGGAACGACGCCCACACUCUCCUGUUCGUUGCUUGGUGAGGAUGCUUUGGUGCAGGUUUAUCCAGACGGUAUCCGCCAUAUCCGAGCCGACAAGCGUGUGAACGAGUGGAAGACUCCUGGUAAAAAAACAAUUGUUCGCUGUGCCGUGAACCAGAGGCAAGUAGUCAUUGCUCUGACAGGAGGAGAGCUGGUCUACUUUGAAAUGGACCCGUCUGGCCAGUUGAAUGAGUACACUGAGCGAAAGGAGAUGUCUGCAGAUGUUGUUUGCAUGAGCCUGGCCAACGUGCCACCUGGGGAACAACGCUCUCGGUUCCUGGCAGUCGGACUGGUUGACAACACAGUCCGGAUCAUCUCCCUGGACCCUUCGGACUGUCUCCAGCCGCUGAGCAUGCAGGCCCUUCCCGCCCAGCCAGAGAGUCUGUGUAUCGUGGAGAUGGGAGGGGUUGAGAAACAAGAUGAACUUGGAGAUAAGGGAACCAUCGGCUUCCUCUACCUCAACAUCGGGCUUCAGAACGGUGUGCUGCUAAGGACGGUUUUAGACCCGGUAACCGGUGACCUGUCGGAUACCAGAACACGCUACCUGGGGUCCCGACCCGUCAAACUGUUCAGAGUCAGGAUGCAGGGACAGGAAGCGGUGCUGGCAAUGUCCAGUCGCUCUUGGCUCAGCUACUCGUACCAGUCUCGCUUCCACCUCACCCCCCUCUCGUAUGAGACUCUGGAGUACGCCUCUGGCUUCGCCUCUGAGCAGUGCCCAGAGGGCAUCGUUGCCAUCUCCACCAACACACUGAGGAUUUUGGCUUUGGAGAAGCUUGGAGCAGUCUUCAACCAGGUGGCCUUCCCUCUGCAGUACACUCCCAGGAAAUUUGUAAUCCAUCCCGAGACCAACAACCUCAUCCUGAUCGAGACCGACCACAACGCCUACACAGAGGCGACCAAAGCUCAGCGAAAGCAGCAGAUGGCAGAGGAAAUGGUGGAAGCUGCAGGCGAGGAUGAGCGAGAGCUGGCGGCCGAAAUGGCGGCUGCAUUCCUCAACGAGAAUCUUCCUGAAGCCAUUUUUGGCUCUCCCAAAGCUGGAGCUGGGCAGUGGGCUUCUCUGGUACGACUCGUCAACCCCAUCCAAGGUUCAACGCUGGACCAGGUGCAGCUGGAGCAGAACGAAGCUGCUUUCAGUGUGGCAGCGUGCCGUUUUACCAACACAGGAGACGAUUGGUAUGUGCUGGUGGGUGUCGCCAGAGACAUGAUUCUCAACCCCAGAUCAGUCGGAGGUGGCUUUAUCUACACCUAUCGGCUUACCGGUGGAGGGGAGAAACUUGAGUUUGUCCACAAGACCCCAGUGGAGGAUGUGCCACUGGCUAUUGCGCCAUUCCAGGGAAGAGUCCUGAUUGGAGUCGGGAAGCUGCUGAGAAUCUACGACUUGGGCAAAAAGAAGCUGCUCCGCAAAUGUGAGAACAAGCACAUUCCCAACCUGGUGACUGGCAUCUACACCAUCGGCCAGCGUGUGAUUGUGUCCGACGUUCAGGAGAGUCUGUUUUGGGUUCGUUAUCGACGUAAUGAGAACCAGCUCAUCAUCUUCGCAGAUGACACAUACCCUCGCUGGGUAACCACGGCCUGUCUGCUCGACUAUGACACCAUGGCUUCUGCUGACAAGUUUGGCAACAUCAGCAUCGUGCGUCUUCCACCCAACACCAGUGAUGAUGUGGAUGAGGACCCCACAGGGAACAAAGCAUUAUGGGACAGAGGUCUUCUUAACGGAGCAUCACAGAAGGCUGAAGUCGUGGUGAACUACCACGUAGGAGAGACGGUGCUGUCACUCCAGAAAACCACUCUGAUUCCUGGAGGUUCGGAGUCUCUGGUCUACACCACGCUGUCCGGAGGGAUCGGGAUUCUGGUCCCUUUCACUUCUCAUGAGGAUCAUGACUUCUUCCAGCAUUUAGAGAUGCACAUGCGUUCUGAAUUUCCUCCACUUUGUGGCAGAGACCAUCUCAGUUUCAGAUCCUACUAUUUCCCAGUCAAGAAUGUGAUCGAUGGCGAUCUGUGUGAGCAGUUUAACAGCAUGGAGCCGCACAAGCAGAAAAGUGUGGCAGAGGAGCUCGACAGGACGCCACCAGAGGUCUCCAAGAAGCUGGAGGACAUCCGCACUCGUUACGCCUUCUAAUCACACACCGAAAGCAGAGACCCAAUACAUUCAUGUGAUGAACAGGACCUACAAAUACAGCUCUAAAACUGUAGGUCCCCUUUUAGGAUUCAGCCUUAUGGCUUUAUCUGGUAACUGUACAGACACACAGCUUUUUACUGAGAAGCGCAGAAGAAACCACAAAUUUCAUGUAACUGUUUGACAUUAACCUCCGUUGCAACCCACCGCAGCUUCUCUCUCAUUAAUGCAACCACCUGCAUUUCACAAGUGUGACAGUCCUUUCCCACACAGCUUUGUGAGCUUUAACGCCACACAGACAUGUUUACUGACGUGAUUACUCAGAAAUUUUAUUCACACCUCCCCUGCGUUGUUAUCAGAACAAACCACAUAUGCAGCAGCCCUGAGGCUGUUACAUAGAAACAUGACGUCUCUGCUUGUAAUUCUCUUCUUUUGUUAGAUUAUGUUGCAGUAGAUCGUCGCACAUAUAGCUGUGCAAAAAAUAUUCACACGGUUGGGAAAAGAAGUUGCUUUUCCUUCUGUCACUGUGCAUACAAACCAAACCAGAAUCAUCUGCCAUUGUUUCUGAUCAGGCCAAUACAGCCUCAGGUUAGAGAGCCAUUCCCUUGUGCAAAGAAACUGUUGGGUCAGAGAAAAUCUUUUCUAUGUGAGGAGGAAGUAUUUAAUUUGAAAGAAAAAAGCUGUUUUUUGGGGGGUUAUUUUAACGUUUAUUAGAUAAUAGAACAUUUUUUCCAUCUGGAGUUGAACUCUUUCCUCCUCCUAAGCUGUUUUAUGAUGUUGCCGUGUCAUCUGAACAUGUUGCUCACUCAGUCAGAAGCUGACCUCCAACCAGCUGUAUCAGCAUCAGCCAUAGUUUAAGAAGUGUUUGUCUGACUGUGUCAUUAGACGAUGGGUAAACUCAGACUAAAUAAGUGCAUGGAAAAAUACUGAAGGUUUGGACUGGUUGUUGUUUCUGUCAGUCCAGUAAAUUCCCAACCACAGACACGGCAUUCCACACAAAUCACUGGACUUGGGGGUUUGUGGGACGGGGGCAGUGUUGGUUUUUUUUUUUGUAAAUA